UCUCGAACAAGCAUUUGAACCUUGGGCUCACCAUGUCCUUAUGUUGAGGCUUCAAGAAACUUCCAAUUUUCCAAACCCUUCUUUCCUUCUUCGGCUCUUUCCUUUGUUCUUCCAUGGCUUCUGCAUUUACUACUCUAUCGAUUAAACCAUCCACUUUUUCUUUGUCUUCCAAUUUUCCAAACCCUUCUUUCCGUCUUCGUUCUGCACCUUUUGUUUCUUUAGACCUUCGAUCUCGUAUCAAACCAAGCGCUUCUCGAUGGCCCUCUGUUUCUGAAACAGGGAGGAAGAGGGGUAACCUCUUUCUUGUAAGGGGAGGAAUAGUUCCCCUGGGCAGUGAGGAUCAAUUAGACAAGCAGGAUGGUUAUUAUGAUGUUGGUGGUGUCAGUAAACAGAUGGCAGAGAUUCGGGAAAUAGUAAUGUGGCCCCUGAAGAAUCCACAUCUAUUUCAGUCAGUUGGUGUGAAGCCACCUAAAGGGAUUCUCUUACAUGGACCUCCAGGAUGCGGAAAGACUUCAAUAGGAAGAGCUAUUGCUAACGAAGCUGGUGCUUCCUUCUUCUGUAUAAAUGGACCAGAGCUUAUGUCUAAAUAUGUCGGAGGGAGUGAGAGCAAUCUCAGGAAAGUAUUUGAGGAAGCAGAGAAGAAGGCUCCAUCGAUUAUCUUUAUUGAUGAGAUUGAUUCUAUUGCUCCCAACAGAGAGAAAACUCAUGGGGAAGCUACAGGGAGGGUUGUUUCCCAGCUGUUAACCCUUAUGGAUGGUGUUAAGAGCCGUGCUUAUGUUAUUGUGAUUGGUGCUACUAAUCGUCCUAACAGCAUUGACCCUGCCCUGAGAAGGGCUGGUAGAUUUGAUAAGGAAAUUGAAAUUGGUGUUCCAGAUAUGGUUGGGCGUCUUGAGAUUCUUCGAAUCCAUACAAAGAACAUGCCGCUUGCUGAAAAUGUUGAUUUAGAAAGAAUUGCCAAAGGCACACAUGGAUAUGUUGGUGCCGAUUUAGCAGCUCUGUGCAGCGAGGCUGGACGCCUAUGUAUCAGAGAGAAUAUGGGCGUGAUUGGCUUGAAAAAUGAUGUCAUGGAUGCUGAGAUACUCAACUCCGUGGCUGUUACGAAUGAGCUCUUCCAACUACAAAUUGCUACGGGAAAAAGCAAGCCAUCAAUUCUGCCCGAAACAGUUGAGUUAGAAAGAAUUGCCAAAGACACACAUGGAUAUGUUGGUGCUGAUUUAUCAGGUCUGUGCAGUGAGCCUGCAUUGCAAUUCCUCAGAGAGAUGGGUGUGAUUGGCUUGAAAAUUGAGGUCAUAGAUGCUGAGUUACUCAACUCCAUGGUUGUUCCGAAUAAGCACUUCCAACUACAAAUUGCUAUGGGAAAAAGCAAGCCAUCAAUCCUGCGUGAAAUGGUUGUUGAAGUGCCCAAUGUCAGUUGGGAAGAUAUCGGAGGCCUUGAGACUGUUAGGCAGCAGCUUCAAGAGAUCAUCCAGUAUCCCAUGGAGCAUCCUGAAAAGUUUGAGAAGUUUGGUGUGUCAGCCUCAAAGGGAGUUCUUUUCUAUGGCCCACCAGGAUGUGGGAAAACUCUUCUGGCCAAGGCUGUUGCCAAUGAAUGUCAAGCCAACUUUAUCAGUGUUAAGGGUCCGGAAUUACUUACCAUGUGGUAUGGAGAAAGUGAGGCUAAUGUUCGAAAAAUAUUUGAAAAGGCUCGCCAAUGUGCUCCUUGUGUGCUAUUCUUUGAUGAGCUGGAUUCAAUUGCUAUAAAGAAGGGGCAGAAUUCAGUAGAUAGUGGCGCUUCUGACAGGGUUUUGAAUCAACUGCUAACGGAGAUGGAUGGAUUUUCUACCAAUAAAAUGGUUUUUGUUAUUGGAGCCACCAACAGGCUUGAUCUUAUUGAUCCUGCACUUACGCGUCCUGGCCGUUUUGAUCAAUUGAUUUAUAUCGCUUUGCCUGAUGAAGAAUCUCGCUAUCAGAUUUUCAAGGCUUGCCUUAAGAAAUCUCCUGUUUCUGAAGAUGUAGACCUGGGAUCCCUUGCUAAGAACACCCAAGGCUGCAGUGGUGCUGAUAUUAUGGAAAUAUGCCAACGUGCCUGCACCUAUGCCAUAAAAGAGGAAAUUCAGAAGGAGAGUGAGAGGGAGAGGAGGAGAAUGGAGAAUCCGGAGGCUAUGGAGGAGGAUGUAGAAGAAGAAGUGUCAGAGGUCAAGGCUGCCCAUUUUGAUGAAUCAAUGAAAUAUGCGCGUAGGAGUGUAAGUGAUAUGAUGAUGUCAUUGAUAUGAACCAGGCAGUUGUUGCAGGGGGUCUGAACUGACCAUUUUUGAACCUUUCUUCAACAAACACACAGACACCUUUGAAGGCAACAAUGGUAUUAAGACUAAUGUUCGUCUGAUGAUUACUAUGUUGUUGUUUCCUGCUUUUUGUGGCAUUUUCACUCGAGACGUUGUUACAUAUCCAUAUGCAUGUAAAUAAUUUGAUAAAUAAAUAAGGCUCGGGUGGGUUUUACACCUCUAUGAUAUCGAUAUAGUGCGUGUAAUUCCCCAUUGUUUGCUCACCUCUGCAUUUUGGGUGUUGACCUCUAUUGACCUAUACCGGAGCUAGACAAAAAGACUAAAAUAGCCCUUAUCUAUGAUUUAAAAAUAAUAAAAUAACAAAAAAAAUGGGAAAAGACUAAAAUAGCCCUCUAUCAAUACUCCAUCCCUACUCUCGUUCUCGACUCUGAUCUUGCCCUCUCUCUCUCUCUGCCACUGCAAACUACAAAACCAUACAAGAAUCAGAAGUUCAAAACCCAUAUAUCUAUCUGUCUGCAAGAAUCAAAAGUUCAAAACCUAUUACCUAUCAAAACCCAUGUCGGCAUAUCAUUUCAGAUUGUUCAAAAAAUUAAAACCCACAUCUUUCAGUUUCCGUUUCAGAUUGUUCCAAAAAUCAAAACCCAUAUCUUUCAGUUUCCAUUUCAGAUUGUUCAAAAAAUCAAAACCCAUAUCUUUCGGUUUCCAUCGCCCGCUGUUCUAGUUCGGGUUUGCCGUUCGCAAGCUUCAGCCGUUGUCUCUCAAUUCUCAAGCUUGCCCCCCUCUCUCUGUGCAACUGCUAACUUGUGUGUAUGGUUUUUGUUUUAAUUUUUUUUCUAAAUCAACUAAUCAAGGUCUAUAAUUCUUGUUUUGCAAACUAAAUCCUCUUUGGUGAAAUUUUUUAUGAUCUUUUUUAUAUAAUUUUUUUUUAGGGCAAAUCAUUUCAGCCUUCCCAAUCGCCUCCAUCUCUAGUCUUGUUCUCAACUCUGAACUUACCCUCUAUGCUCCAUGGCUGCUUCAACUCUCUCUGCUAUCACCCCUUCU